ACCACAACACUAAGACUUAAACCUGCAGCAAUGGGCAGAACCUACUUUGUUGAGGAAACUAUUGGGCAGUACCUUUCAGACCUCAGUAUAAAAUUAAACCCUUACGUCACCGGACUGCUAAUAGGGCAAUGCUCCCCACACAGAGACUACGUAAUUCGGGCUGUUCGAACGCCUCCAAAGGAAGAGCAGAAGGAAGACAACAUCAGUUCUUCAAAACUGGCAUCCAUUGAUGAAGAAUGGAUAACUACGCACGCUAGUCAGGUUUCUAGAAUGCUUCCUGGGGGCUUACUAGUUCUUGGUGUAUUUAUUAUUGCCACUCCAGAACUGUCAAAAGAUAGUCAAAAUGCUUUGCGCAAGCUGGUCUUCUCUGUGGAAAAGUCCUUGACCAAAAGAAGGCUCUGGAAACCUGCUGAGGAGGAGGUCUCGGACAGAGCAGCUCUUCAGAUUUGUUCUGCUACAAAAAAAGUAGUUUGCCGAACCUAUGAUGUACAAGAUCCCAAGAGUUCAGCUAAACCAGCAGAUUGGAAAUACCAGAGUGCUCUGUCUGCUUCCUGGUUAGCUUUGGGCUGCACAGUAAAUGUUAAUAUUCACAUUCCGCUUCUUGCUACUUCACCAAACCAUGACUUGGAGAAGAACACCAAGAAUGGGUUAAAUCGGUGGUCAAAGCAGAUAGAAGACAGUGUUUUCCUGAUCAAUGGACAAGUUAAAGAUGAUGACACAGAACUACUGGAAGGGCAGAAAAAGUUAAGAGGAAAUACUCAGUCCAGCACUCAAUUUUCUGAUGUCAAGAUUCUGACACAGCUGUCCCACGGUUCAAGUCACAGAUCAACAGCUACAGUCCAGGUCUGCAGGGGUUCCAUCAAUCUCAAAGGUGCCGUGAAAUGCAGAGCCUACAUACAUAACAACAGGCCGAAAGUUAAAGAAGCUAUUCAGGCUUUGAAAAGAGACAUAAUAAACACAUUGAGUGAUCGUUGUGAAAUACUAUUUGAAGAUCUCAUUAUAAAUGAAGGACCUCACAAAAAAAAUUUUCAGAGGGAAUAUCAUAUCUUACCUCAAAGACUGUUUGUCCCAGUUUCUGGAUCCAGUGUGAUGCUCAGUGAUUAUAAGUUUGGUGAUGAGGCCGCUGGAGAAAUUCAGGAACGUUUUGUUGAGAUGUUGGAUCAGUGUGUGCAAGCUGAGGAUAUCCACAUAGCAGAGGAGAUGAACACAGUUGAUAUUUGUCCAGUUGCUGACAACGUGGAUGAAACACACCAGAAACAACUGACAAAAGCAACAUUGCUGUUGAAACUUCAACAAAAUAUGGGUGUGGUCAUAGCAGCUGCUGUUGCGAUCUUUGCAUCGAUCUUCUCUUUUAAUUACUUCAGUGACUGAACUCAAGCAGCUGGAGCUUCAUGGAAGUAUUGGCCCUUUGCAAGAUGGAAACAUCAGAGUUUAAUAUAUUAGUAAUUAAGAAUUGCUGCCUGAAUAUCACCA